CAUACUUGCAUCUCCCUAAAUUUAGAAACUUUCAAAGUCAACCCUUUUCUCUUUCUUCCUCCAUCGGUCCAUCCCCAUUUCCCCUUCUCUCUAGCUUUCCCAUCUAAGGGAUGAGCUCCAAUGAAACAAAGGAGCUCAUCACUCCACCUCCACCACCACCACCACCAUCGCCGCCGCCAUCGAAACCAAAACACGGUCCUCGAAACCCAACUCCCUCUCUUCUCCAACCCUUUCAAUGGCUCCAAAUGCUGUCCUCCACUCUACACCCCACCUUCAUCCUAGGAAUCAUUCUAGUGUACGGCCUCAACACCGGCUUCUCCGAAUCGUACUUUCGUGUAGUUACCGACUACUAUUGGAAAGACGUACAAAGAAUCAACCCUUCAUCAGCUCAGUUAUACAUGGGUUUUUACUACAUCCCAUGGAUCUUAAGACCCCUUUGGGGACUACUUACUGAUGUAUUCCCUAUCAUGGGAUACCAUCGUAGGCCUUACUUUUUCUUCGCCGGGAUUAUUGGUGUUUCGUCUGCAGUUCUCGUUACCGUCGCUACUACGAUACCUGCCAGUUUUGCUCUUCUUUGUUUGAUCGGAAUUCAUGGCGGAAUGGCCAUUGCUACCGCCACAAUUGAUGCUUCUACUGCCAAGAAUAGUAUUGAGGUUAAAGAAUUAGCAGCUGAUUUGCAGAGUCUUUGUGGAUUUUGCCAUUCUUUUGGAGCUUUGUUGGGCUAUUCUACUAGUGGGAUUCUUGUUCAUUUGCUUGGACCUCAGGAAGCACUCGGGAUUUUGAUAAUCGCACCGGCUUCAUUUCUGGUAUUGGGAUUCGUUAUUUAUGAAUUUAGAGUUGCCAACUCAACUCAAGGUUCCAAGAAGGUUGUAGAUAGGGUAGGAGGUGCAAUGGAAGACAUGUAUAGAACAAUAAAGUUCCCUCAAGUGUGGAAGCCAUCACUCUUCAUGUUCUUGUCUCUGGCCCUCAGUUAUAGCACUCAUGAAGGUCAUUUUUAUUGGUAUACCGAUCCUAUAGCUGGUCCUGGAUUUUCCAAGGAAUUCGUGGGAAUGAUGUAUGCAAUUGGAGCCGUAGGAUCGAUGAUUGGUGUAUUUAUUUACCAUAGAUUCUUAAAAGAUUACGCACUUAUGAGUCUCCUCUUCUACGCUCAACUUCUCUAUGCUGCAUCCGGAAUGUUGGAUCUCAUGUUCGUCUUAAGAUGGAAUUUACCACUUGGAAUACCCGAUUCAGUAUUCAUAAUAGUCGAAGAAACUGUUUAUCACGUAAUAGGUCGAAUUCGUUGGAUGCCAAUGGUAGUUUUGAGCACAAGGCUUUGCCCUUUAGGCAUCGAGGGUACGUUUUUUGCACUACUUAUGUGCAUCGAUAGCGUAGGUUCGCUCUUUUCCAAAAUAAUAGGAGGAAUGGUGCUUCAUCUUUUGAAUGUUUCAAGAACUAAUUUUACUAAUUUGUGGUUAGCAAUUUUUCUAAGAAAUUGCUUGAGAUUUGGUACGAUUGCAUUCAUCUUUCUUGUACCGAAUGUAACACAACACCACGUUUUCGUUCCUUCGAAUAAACAUAGUGAUAGUACUAGUAUAGAGGAAGUUAACUUGGAGCUUGUACCUUUGACUGAAAAAUUAGACAUUUCAUUCACAAAAAAGGUUGUCUUGUAAUGGUAGAUUUUUUUUUGGCAA